AUGGGAAGUCUCGGAGGACAUUUAGUUCCAGGUUCAAUAUUUAUCAUACUUGGUCUAUGGUGGAUGUACUCAUCAUGGCUGCGCUAUUUCAUAUGUCGUCAACGUCGACGGCCGUAUUAUACGUCAUCAGCAUUUCCAUGUCAUUGCUGUGGCCUACGCGUUGCUAAGUUACCGAUUGAAUCAUUUUUUGUUUUAUUCGGUACAACGUUGGGUAUACUCAUUGAACUCAUUGCUGGCUUUAAUCGUGUAGUAGAUCCUCAAACUGGCCAUGCAUCAAUUUUUUUCGGAGCAAAUAAUCUUCAACAUUUCGCUAUGUAUGGCAUGUUUUUCUUAGUUGGUUUAAUUCAAAUAUUAAUGCAUUACAAUUUUCCAUUACCAAAACAUUUCGAUAUUGUUGCUGGAACUUUAGCUUUCGCAGCCGAGGCGCUACUUUUCUAUUUUCAUGGUCAUGGUCGUGGUGAUGUAGAAAUUCUGAUACACAUUUUUCUUGUUUUAGCAAUAUGUGCUACAGUUGUAUGCGGUGUUUUCGAAUUAGUUCAAAAAGAAAAACAAGUUCAUGGAACAUUAAUGCGAGGAUAUUUUACUGUGAUGCAAGGUUCCUGGUUUUAUACAACUGGCUUUUUUCUUUAUAGUCCAUUUCAUGAACAUUAUGAAGAAAGCAAAGACACUGCUGCUCAUCGUACAACGAUGUUAAUUGCCUACUAUUUCGUGCUUCACAUGGCUGUUGUACUUUUCAUAUUACUCGCAUUAGCUAUUCUGGCCUACGCAGUCAGCAGACGUCAAAAACAAACAGUCGAUUUUGUUGAGUACGGACAAUUUUCCAUGGUCAAUGAUGAAGAUGAGGAAAUGGAGAAAUUAAAUGGCACAACAACAAUAAUAGAAUAA